UGCUGUCAGACCUGCUGAUUUUUUUCCAGAGCAAAAAUGAACCUGGAAAAUCUCAGCAAGCCAGAAUUGCUGAUGUUCUUCAGUGUGCUUGAAGGAGAACUUGAAGCAAGAGAUGUAGUGAUUGAAGCAUUGCAAUCCAAAACCUGCUGCAGCUUUGUAGUUUCAUUCAUAAGGAGAUGCCAAGCAAAAGCCACUGAUGUCCCCCACAGGGAAGGAAUUUGCCCCAGUUUUGCAGUUUCAAAGCUCCUGGCACAACACAGAGAUCGUUUCAUCCAAGAGCGCUAUGGAAAAUAUGACAUCAGUGACCCAUUCCUUGCUCUACAGAGGGAUUGUGAGUCGGUCAGAGAUGGCAAUCGUGGUGACAAGCAGCCUGUGUGCACCAACCCACUGUCAGUGCUCAAGGUAGUAAUGACGCAGUGCAAGACAAUGCAGGAACGAAUGGUAUCCCAGUUGGCUGCUGCAGAAAGCAGACACAGAAAGGUUAUUCUGGACCUGGAAGAAGAAAGACGAAGACAUGCCCAAGAUACAGCUGAAGGGGAUGAUGUGACCUACAUGCUGGAGAAAGAACGUGAGCGACUCACUCAGCAGCUAGAAUUUGAAAAAUCACAAGUGAAGAAGGUGGAAAAGGAGCAGAAGAAGCUGUCCACGCAGUUAGAGGAGGAACGAACACGACACAAACAGCUAACCACGGUUCUAAUGAAAGAAUGCAAAAAAGCAACCAAUAAGGCAGCAGAGGAAGUACAGAAAACCACAGAGUUGAAACUAAGGCUGGAGAAAGAGAUGUCCAGAAGCAGCGAAUGGGAAGAGGAGUUGGCCACCGAGAAGAGGCGAGCCUUACAAAGGGAAGCCCAAAUGGAGAAACAGCUCUCUGAGUUUGAUACUGAGAAGGAGCAACUGCGGGCAAGGUUAAACCGGGAAGAAAAUCGGGCACGGGCCCUCAGUGAGGAAGUGGAACAUUUAAAACAAGUUAUUGAAGAGCUUAAAAAUGGAACAGAAAACUCCAGUAAAGUAGUAGCAAAUGAACCAAAAUCACCAGUAGCCCUUUCAGUAGAGGCUGGGUCUAAUAAAAGCAAGUCGGUGUCCCCUUCAUGCCAAACUGAUUGCUCUCAUGUGAAAGUGUCAAAUGGAGGUGAUGUGAAAGAGAGACACUGCACAUCAUCAACACCAUCCAUACUUGUUCCACAACUAAAUGGACAUUGCUCUGCAUUUAUGCUUGAUAAUGCUGAUGGUCAAUCUACUGACGGGAAUGGAGCAGAUAGUCUUUGCUCAGGCGAAAACAAACUAGCUUCCCCAUGCCCAGGGCACAUUGUUGAAAAUGGAAGUGCUAAUGUGGCCUCUUGUGCUGCACCUCAUUUCACAGGUGGAACCUCACUUUCUCCAUGCAACACCGUAAACUCUUCAGCUGCUUCCUCAGUAACAUCUUCACCAUGCUCAUCACCUGUGUUGACUAAGCGACUCACUAGUUCGACAAGCCCCAGCAGCAGCUUCCAGUCAUCCUACCAAGCUGGGCUGAAUCAAAGGUUUCACGCUGCUCGGUUUAAAUUCCAAGCUCAAGCAGAGCAAGAUCAGCAGACCGGUGUCUUACAGAGUCCUCCUCCAAGGGAUCUGUCACCCACUACCUCAGAUAGUUCAGCUGCCAAACAGUUGGCUCGAAAUACGGUGACCCAAGUCCUUUCUAGGUUCACAAACCAGCCAGGAACUCUUAAAACUGCAAAUAAUUCCCCCUUUGGUACUGACUAUCGACAAUUGGGUAGUUCACCAAAAACACCAACUGGUGAUGCCAGUCAUUCACCAACCUCUAGUAAAGUCUCAAGUCCACAAGGUCCAUUGGCACCUGGGAUAAAAUCACCAACAAUAUCAAGGGUGGACCGAGGAAAUCCUCCUCCCAUUCCUCCUAAAAAGCCGGGCCUUGCACAAUCACCUGCAUCACCGCAUCCACUGGCUAGAGCAGCUGCAGACAGCGGACCAUCCCAAAUUGGACCUUCUGCUAAAAAUGAAUCAGGCGCUUCCAAUUCUGUUCAACCUCAACGUUUUUUUAACUGGCGUGAAACAGGGAUUCAUGAGGAAGUUGCAUCUAAAUCAUCUUUGGAACGAGGUGCAACAAUUGGCUGUGAAGACGGGACUGAGGGUACAGUUCAUGUUGUACCAGUGGGGACACUAUCUAAUGAACCAAAUCCUACAGGCCCCCUGAAGCUUUCGACAGUUUCCACAGAUGUUUGUGGCACCACCGUGGACUUGCCAAACACCUGUGGCAUGAACAACAGUUUGAUUACGCCAUCCAGUAAAGAGAUUGAUAUACUUCUACCAACCAGUAGUUAAUCUGUCUAGAAAUGAAAUGUGAGUUGUGCUUUUCUUUCUCCUGAUUGCAGAUAUGAAGUUUCUUAAUUGCAUCACAGUUUAUUAUUUAUUUAUAGGGCAUUUUGUAUUUGUCCACCUUGCUAUACAUUAUUUUCUCAAAUUCAGGAAUUAUUUUAGAUCCUUACUUGUGUUUCUGUUCAUGUUAAUGAGUGUUUUAUAUAUGACCUUUUAGUACUAAUGUCAAGGCCACUGGUUUAUGGUUUACGUGAGAAGAAUUAACAGAAUGUGCUUCAUGAAACAUCAGUUAAAAAUCCUGAAAUCCCAUAGAAUAAAAGACUUCCUUAUUCAGUCAUGAUUUUUAAAGAAUCUCGAAAUUAAUCCCCAAAACGGUUAGAAAUUCCAAAAUGUGUAUUAAAAAUGGGAGUUUGAUUUGUUCAUGCAGCAUAAACCAGUGACUAUGACUAUUCUAUUUGUUUUCACUGCCUGUAACUUGUAGUACUUUAAUUGUGUUGAUAUACUUGGCAAAUCUGGCACAAAUUGGGGAAGGAGUGGGAGGAGGUUAUAAUGCAUGGGAAAGAAAUAAUUAGCAAACAUGCUUAGGUGCAUUUUGAAGUCCAAAACUUGCAUUACAACUUGUGUGUAAUGGAUAUUCACUGUGCUGAGAAGUCUACCUCAGCAGUAGUGUUCACCAUUGGCUGCUACGACAAUCUUCUGAAGACUACUUUGAUGUCAUAACAGCAAAUUGAGGGGAGGGAGAUAAAACAUUAAAUGUCAAUAGAUUUGAAGAACUUCUGCCUUGUAUGUAAAGGGCACAUGAUUUUUUUUCUGUCACGUGACUGUAUAAUAGCUCAACCACUCAAAAAUAAUAUUGCAAUAAUGAUUUAGAAAAUAAUUAUCCUGAUAGUGGUUAAGGAAUGUAUUUUCUUUACAUAGGACUUAUGACUGCAUUCCAGGCCUUUAAGAUGUGUUCCUUGAAGGCUUGAAUUAAUUUUUCUUUUAAACUGCAUUAUCUAUGUAGCUAUCUAAGGCACUCCUGGGAGUGCUUCGAAGGAGUCAGUGGUAAACUGUUUAUUUUACAUCUGG